AUGUCUAAUAUAUAUAAGGUGUUUGCCAAAGUCUUACAGGAGGGAAUAUCAAAAACGCUGGACGAGAAUCAACCGAUGGAGCAAGCAGGGUUUAGAAAGAAUUUCAGCACUAUUGACCAUAUCCAUACUGUGAAACAGAUCAUCCAGAAAUGCAACGAAUACCAGAAACCCCUAUACGUGGCUUUUAUUGAUUAUUCUAAGGCAUUUGAUACGCUCAACCACAACCACAUUUGUAAAAGUAAAAGUAGCAUAAAACUAGAAGAAACUGGUCACCCAUUCCCUAUUAACAGAGGAGUUAGACAAGGGGGCCCACUAUCCCCAAAGCUCUUCUCAGCUGUUUUAGAAAGUAUAUUUAGGAGUAUAGACUGGACUGGCUUAGGUCUAAAUAUAAACGGCUGUCGUCUUAACCACCUGCGAUUCGCUGAUGAUAUUGUUCUGUUCGAAGAGGAUCCCAAGAAACUAGAACUUAUGAUCAAAGAUCUGGCUGCGAAAAGCAAGGAAGUAGGGCUAGAAAGGAACAAGAACAAAACUAAACAUGUAGACAUAACAAUCAAUGGUGAUCUUUUCGAUUAUGUUACCGAAUAUGUUUAUUUAGGACAAAUAAUUUCUCCAAGCGACCAAAUGACUAAGGAGAUCAACAAGAGGAUAGCAUAUGGUUGGAAGAAAUAUUGGUCUUUGAAGGAAGUAAUUAAGAGCAAAGUGCUGGGAAUCCAUCUUAAAAGGAAGACCUUUGACAUAUGUAUCUUACUAUGCUUGACCUACGGAUGCGAGACCUGGUCGCUAACAAAGUUCCAUAGGGAAAAACUUUCAAAGUGUCAGCGUGCAAUGGAGCGGAGUACGUUGGGAGUGAAAUUAAAAGACAAGAUCCGCAACGAUGAUAUCAGAGACGGUAAACGCAAAAGAGGGCGUCAGAUAAGGAGAUGGGAGGAUGAAAUCCGCCAAACUCUAGGGCCACUGUGGACACGAGUGGCGCUGGAUAGAGCCCAAUGGAGGAUGGAGGAGGCCUUUGCCAAAAGGCACAUAGAAAUCAGAGAUAUUUUG